GGAACGUGAACCGGUUUUCAACAACCCCCUCUUUUAAUUCCCAUCCUUCUUCCAAAGUUUUCUCACAAGUUAUACAUACGGAGAUACAGUUUACUUGAAGAGAAGAAGAAGAAGAAAUGAGGGAAGUGAUAGAAAUGGAAGAAACAGAGGUCAAAAGAGCAAACAUUGAUCACCAGAAGCCAAGUGUUUGUGUUCUAGAUUCAUCUUCCUAUGUGGGGUUUUCUAUUCUGAAGGGACUUCUAAGUAGAGGUUACAAAGUCCAUGCUGCUAUCCAGAACAAUGGAGAGACAGAGAUAGUGAGGAAAAUUCGGGAGCUGGAGAGGAUGGAAGAGAGACUGGUGGUGUUUGUUGUAGAUGUUCUGGAUUACCAAAGCAUCGUUGGAGCUCUGAAGGGUUGCUCUGCUUUGUUCUGCUCUUUGGAUAGUUCAGAUGGGUAUGAUGACAAAAUGGUGGAUUUGGAGGUGAGAGGAGCAAUCAAUGUGGUGGAGGCAUGUGCACAAACAGAGACUAUAGAGAAGAUAGUAUUCAGUUCUUCCUUGGCUUCCUCAAUUUGGAGGGAGAAUAUAUCUGUUGAGAAGGAUAUAGAUGAGAAGUCAUGGAGUGAUCCAGAGUUCUGCAGAAGACAGAAGUUGUGGUAUGCACUUGCAAAGACACUCUCUGAGCAGGCUGCUUGGGCCCUAGCCAUGGACAGGAUGUUGAGCAUGGUCUCUGUCAAUGCAGGUCUAGUUCUUGGGCCUAGUGUUGCUCAACAAAACCCUCGGCCCACAAUGUCCUAUCUAAAAGGAGCUGCCGAAAUGUAUGAAAAUGGAGUAUUAGCCUUUGUGGAUGUGGACUUUCUUGUCGAUGUCCAUAUUCGAACUUACGAAGAUAAAUCGACAUGCGGGCGAUACAUUUGCUUCAGUCAGAUCAUCAACACAGAUGAAGAAGCUAUAAAGCUAGCAGAGGCCUUGAGCCCUUUGAUCUCAUUACCACCAGGGUAUCAAUGCCAAGCCAGUGUGGCUUAUGCAGACAAAUUGAGAAAGACAAAACUGAACAAGUUGGUUGAGAGCGCUGCAUACUAAUAAUAUGCACUAGUUGUGUGCUGUUUCUCCCUAUAAUUCUUAGUCGUUGCGAUUAUUUAUGACUACUGUAUUGUUGUUUUAAUAUGAAACCAGAGGUUGGGAUUUUAGUAUCAAGGUUGUCAACUUGUCAUAUUCAUUCGUUCAUACUAUAAAGAAAGAAGAAAACGAGUGCACACAGUUAAUAGA